GGUAAAAGUUGUUCAGGAUAUUAGGAAAUACAUAUUGUUUAAGUUAUUCUAUAGAAUUCUGUGUGGAUUUGCAACACGUUUAUAAGUUACUUAUUUAUGUUGAUUAAAAGGAAGACUAGUUAUGAGUUAUGAAGCGCCUCAGUUAAGUGAUGAAGCUAUCCAGGUUGCGUUGCAGACUGGACUUCUUGGAGAUCAACUUCGCCAUGUGACGGUUGAGCAGCUGAAGAGUGCAACACCUGGGUUGUUGAUCCAGCUUUUCAUGAGUGUUCUGCAGAAGUUAGGAGUAAAUACAGAUGAAUUAGGUCGACACCCUUUGGCUGAUACUGAGAAUGUGGAAAUGACUCCGAGCUACACUAUAAAACUGUUUCGUCUUCCUCUAGCCAUAAAUAGUUGUGUACCUUCCAUUAAAAUGACAUCUGGUGACUUGAUGUUCCCUAAAUGGAAAACUACUCGAGGUUUGAUGAGCGUGGUCGUCAACUACCUUCGUUUAGUGGAAAAUUUUGGCCACGUUUGGAAUGAAGUUGCACAGGAUUUUGAUGACAGUGAAAAGAAGCUGCAUGUGUUACGUCAAAAGAUGUUGGAACUGCAGAAAAAAGAGGAAGAUUUUAUUUCUCACAUGGAAAAUCAUAAAGAUUUAUAUGAAAAACAGAAACUUGAAUUGAAAGGACUGAAUGAAAAAUGGGAUCAGGUGUUGGUAAUGCAACAACAAAAAGUCAAAGAGAAAGAAGCUGCCAAGCAAUGCUUUAUGGAAGCAUCUCAAAAACAUGAAAGGGCCCAACAAGAGUUGGAAAACUUAAAAAGGCACAAAGUAGAAUUGGAAGGUUGCAUUAUUAGCAAUCCACAACAAUACGGAGAAGAAAAUCAAGCGCUGGUUAAAAAAUUAGAAGCUUUGAAUGCGGAGGCGGAUCAGCUAUCCCAUGACAGACAAUUCACGGAGGAAAAAUUGGAGACCAACUCAAAGAUGAUAGAAAUAAUGCAGUACGACUUGGAGCAGAUUAACAUUGUUCAGAAAAUGGCAGACACGGCAAAAGAUACAGAGGAUCAACUAAGGAAGCUGAAGGGGGAGAUAAAAGUAACUACCAUGGAGAGGAAGGUGCUUAAUGAAAGGAAGAAAGCUUUAAAUGAACAACUUGUUUCAAGCCGUGAACAACUUCAACGACUGAGGUUGAGAUCCAAUCAAGAAAUUGCUGCUAUUGAGCAAGAACUUGUCAAGUUGAAAAGUGAAAAUGAAAUCCUUAGUUUAAAAGUUGUGAGCAAGUCUGACAGAAUGGAGAAGCUACAUCAGAAUCUGCUUGAAGAAAGAAGGAAGCGGGAAGACAUGGAGUCAGCUUAUGCCAUUGCUGUAGAAAAGUUAAAAAGUACACAAACCUCCCUCAUUGAAGAUUUUAUAAAAACAAAGGAACAAACAAUACAACUGCUACAAAGACCCGGCAAGCCAUUAAAUGAACAUAUUUAGUUUUAAAAAGUUUAAAAUGUUUAACAAUUGAUUAUAUAUAUAUAUUUUGUUGUAUGAUGGUAUUUGUUAAGCUUACAUUGCUACACAUGUUUACAUUCUGUGGUAUUAGUCCAAAAAUUGGUCCAUUUUUAUGGCUACCACUGAUUGUCACCCUGGUGGAAUAGACACCUCUUGUAGUCUUGUUAACAUUUGAUAACCUCUUUACUUUGUAUGCUUUGUCAUUGUAAAAAAUAUUCACAAAGUGCCGAUUGCAUUUGUGUUCAUCUAACAUGCAUUGUAUUUUAUUGCUUAGAGAA